AGGGUGUACCUCCCCCGGAAUGCCCUCCUGGGCAGCAGCUCGCCUAGGAUUCUAGACCCUAAAUCUUCUGGGAGCAGCCGGCGAACCGGAAGGACGAGUUCAUUAGCGCCUCCCAGUUUGGUUCCACCAGCAGCGGCUUGCAGCUGCGGGAGCACCACCAUACUCCGGCGCGCCCCGCAAACGGACGCGCGCCUCGAAGCCUCUCUAGGCCUCCCGGGGGACUUCCGCAUCGCUCUUGUUGGUCCCGUCGCAGCCCGCCGUCCUGUCACUUCCCACGGGCGGUCUUCGCGCGGAAACCCGGCGGUUCGCGCGUUCCGGAGCGCGCGGGAGGGGCCGCAGCCCCCCGCAGCCCCGCGCCCCGGCUGGAUCGCGAGCCCCAGAGGAGUUCGGCGGCCGCGGGUCCGAAGGCCACCGCCCGCCGCCCGCAGGCGUCUCAUCCGGGACAGAGGGGCGGCAUGGAGGCCGAGGACUUCCAGGAGGAGCUGACCUGCGCCAUCUGCCUGGACUAUUUCGAGGACCCGGUGUCCAUCGAGUGCGGCCACAACUUCUGCCGCGGCUGCCUGUGCCGCACCUGGGCGCCGGGAGGCAGCCCCGUCCGCUGCCCCGAGUGCCGGCGGCCGUCGGCGCCCGCCUCGAUGAGGCCCAACUGGGCCCUGGCCCGGCUGACCGAGAGGAUACGGCGCCGGCGCCUGGGCCCCGUGCCCGCGGGUCUGUGUGGCCGCCACUGGGAGCCGCUGCGGCUUUUCUGCGAGGACGAUCAGAGGCUCGUAUGCUUGGUGUGCAGGGAGUCGCAGGAGCACCAGGCCCACACCAUGGCCCCGGCCGACGAGGCCUUCAAGAGCUACCGGGAAAAACUUCUGAAGACUCAGUCUAGUCUGACAGCCAAGAUGAAGAAAGUCAUGCACUUUCAGGACAUGGAAGUGAAGAAUGCUGCAGAGUGGAAGGAGAAGAUGAAGAAUCAGCGCAUGCGAGUCAUCGCGGAGUUUGCAAAGCUGCACGUCCUCCUGACUGAAGAAGAGCAACUGUUUCUUCAGGGACUGAGGCAGGAAGAGGAAGAGACAAAGAAGAAACAGAGUGAGAACAUCUUCAGGCUCAAUCAAAUGAUCACUUCUUUGAAGACGCUCAUCCUAGAGGUGAAGGAGAAGAGCCAGGGUUCCACCCUGGAGCUGCUCCAGAAUCCAGCAGAGGUAUUGACCAGGUGUGAGAAUCAGGAUGUGAACUAUUCCUCUGAAGAUCUAACGGUGAAGACUGUGUGCCGGCUACCAAUGAUGAAGGAAAUGCUGAAGCGGUUCCAAGUGGCUGUAAAUCUAGCCGAGGACACCGCUCAUUCCAAGCUUGUCUUCUCCCAGGAAGGGAGAUACGUGAAAAACGGAGCAUCCGCCAGUUCUUGGCCACUGUUUUUUACAGCAUGGAGCUACGCUACCGGAUGGAGGAAUCCGCAGAGGACCACAGGCUUUGUGGAGAGAUUCCAGCAUUUGCCCUGCGUUUUGGGAAAAAAUGUUUUCACUUCAGGGAAGCAUUACUGGGAAGUCGAGAACCGAGGCAGCCAGGAGGUGGCUGCGGGAGUGUGUCGGGAGGACAUCAUGGGGAUCCCCGGUGGUUCAACAAUGUGCCCCAAGGUGGGAAUCUGGGCUGUUUGUUGGAGUUCUGCUGGCUAUCGGCCCCUGACAGGCAGCUCCGUGAGUCCUACCAAGCGAGAGCCAGCUCUUCAGCGGGUGGGAGUUUUCCUGGAUCACGGGGCUCGGGAAGUCUCCUUCUACAACGCUGUGGAUGGAGAAUACCUGCACACAUUCUCCUGUUCUUCCAGCUCCCGUCUCCGGCCAUUUUUCUGGUUGAGUCCAUUAGCAUCUGUAGUCAUCCCCCCAGUGACUGGUGGGAAAUGAGGUGAUUCUCUUUGCCUUGUACCCCAGGCCGGGGACGCCCAUUGCUUGGCCCUCAUCUUUGACUUCAUGCGUUUCCAUCCUGAGUGGUCCAUUCAGAUUCCAGCUUCAUGUUCUGUUCAGCCCCCUGCAUGUCCUGUGUGUAGACAGAUGUGGAAGACCCUGUGGGGUACCUUUCUGGUAGCCGCUCUGAGCAUUUUUUCUCCCUCUCUUCUGCUUCUUCCUAAUGAACUGUUCGGGGUGUGCACCCCACGUGCUUCAGGAGAGGCAGGCCCAUGGGAGGGAAUCCUGGCCAGUGAGGUCGGGUGGGACAUACUCCAGGGUGCUUCUGGGGAAAGUUCUUUAGCUUUUAGAAGGAGAUGUUUGGGAAGACGUCAGCAGCUGUACUGGGGUGAGAGGACCGUGGUAACCGUGGACCAGGAAGGAGAAACGUGGUCUUUGUUGGCUUCAUGAAGCAGUUGGAAUCUCCCUAACCCCAAAUUUCUUGUCAUAUGAGAUUGUUGCUCCUUAUUAUGUAAGGCAGUUUUAGUGCGUUUUGGUCAUUUGCAGGCUGACGUGUCCUCACCGGUGCUGUUGGCACAUAGCACGGACAUCCCACAGCGUAGGCUUAUCUCACUUUUUUGCCAAAAUUGGACAGGUUUAUAGAAUCUCUUCCUGUUCAGUCAUGCACUUCCUUUCCUUUCCAGUAAGUACCAGUAUUUCUCCUCCUGGAAUGGAAAAUCGAGGCAGCUUGCCUCUACGCUGCCCGUGCUGUUCCCCUUCACCCAGCCACGUCCCUGCCUUCAAGUGCUCACUGUGCUUUCCCUCUGUCAGAUUCGUAUACCGUGUGCACGAGGCUAUUAACGUCAUCUGGAAAAUGUUGGGAAAUACUUGUUAAGUGUCUGCACUGGGCCAGCCUCUUCACGUAAUGCCCCCAUGUGACUUUUGCAGCAGAGAUGGAAAAUUAAAGCUGUUGCUAAUAACCACCACUACUAACCAUUUUAAUGUGUUUCCUCCUCGAGUCUGAAUAGAUGUCCUGGCAGUAAUUUAACACGGCUUCUUACAAAACUCCCAGCCCCCUCCCUAACCCUUUUCCCCUCCUGUGUCCCAGCCCAUCCUGGCCUGUCUUCCUUUUCAGCCUGAGCACUCCCCCUCAUUCAGUGAUCUCUGCUGAGUUCUCCUUAACCUCCAGGAUACUUGCUGUUAUGAGUUGAUUUCUGUCCUCCACAGAAAAAGAUAUGUUGAAGUCUUAGCUGUGAGUGUGAGCUUAUUUGGAAAUUAAGAUGAGGCCAUUAGUGCGGUGACCUGAAUGGGGAGGAAAUCCAAGAAAGAGGGGACACAUGUGUACACACAGCUGAUUCCCUUUGUUGUGCAGCGGAAACUAACACAGCAGGGUAAAGCAAUUAUCCUCCAAUAAAAGUUAAUUAAAAAGAUGAGGCCGUGAGGGUGGGUCCUAAUCCAAUAUGACUGGUAUCCUUAGAGGGAAUCUCGUAAACACAGAUGCUCACACACGGAAAUGCCCUGUGAGGACACAGAGGGAAGACGGCCAUGGAAGAGGCUGGAGUCAUGCUGAGCCAAGCCAGGGAAUGCCUAAGGCUGUUAGAAGCUGGCAAAGGCAAAGAAGAAUCCUCCCCUUGAAGUUUCUGAGGGAGCUUGGCCCUGCCAACACCUUGAUUUCAGGCUUCUAGCCUCCAGAAUUGUAAGACAAUAAACACAGUUCUCCACCAGAGAAACUGUAGCUCUGGGAACGGCAGUGAAGACUCCCCAGAAGACAGUUUGGCAACCACUGUUUAUCCUGCACUUUCUCAAAGUGAUUUUUUUUUUUUUUUUUUUGCUGACUGUGCUCUCAGCUUGUGGGAUCUUAGUUCCCCCACCAGGGAUUGAACCCAGGCCCUUGGCAGUGAGAGAAUUGAGUCCUAACCACUGAACUGCCAGGGAACUCCCUCGAGAUGCUGUUGACCGUCUCUAAUGUUAACCGAGCCUUUUUUCCCCUGCCUCCCAGAAUCGGUGGGUGCAUGCACUGGUGCUAUAAGCCGCCCACUCUUUGUGGCCCUGGAUAAAGUUCUGCCAAAGUCUUUUCCUCUGGAGACCAGCCUUUGUUACGGGAAACACUGUGCACAUAUCUCCUGUGAUUUGUACCCCUCUCCCCCUGCCUAAAGCCAUGAGGGGAUCUUUCUCAGCUUUUCACUCUGAGAAUUUGGUGGGGUCCCUAGAGGCAAAACCCAGGAAAUUAGGCACUUCUCCCAAAUACUGCAGCUCCCUAAGCUUCUUACUUUUAAGCUAGACCACAUCAGCCACCAGCAAUUUGUCAAAACUCAUUUAAGUACGCCCACUAGGUUAUGGCUCCAGUAGAUUUUGGUUCUCUGUUAAGUAGAUCUCAGCUUCAAGUCUGUGGAUUUGUCUGUCUUUCCAGAUUUUGGGGUGCAAGUUUGCCAUGCAACUUCAGUUCUCUGAUGGGCCCCCCAAAAAGCCAAUGAUUUUCAGUCUUUUCAUCUUUUUCACAUCAUAAUGAUGUGUUAUGAUUUCCAAAUUCUUUACAUGUUGGAGCUGAAACUGGAAGUAUUCUUUUAUAAUAUUAAAAUAGGUGGCUCAUAGAGUACUAUAAUGGUUAGUUUUAUGUGUCAACUUGACUGAGUUAACGGAUGCCCAGAAAGCUGGUAAAACAUUUCUUGGUGUGUCUGUGAGGGUGUUUCCAGAAGAGAUUAACAUUUUAAUCCACAGGCUGAGUGAAGAAGAUUGUAGUCACCAUUGCAGGUAGGCGUCACCCAGUCAGUUGAGACCUGAACAAAAAGUCAGAGGAAGGGCCAAUUUAUUCUGUGUCUUAAGCUGGGACAUUCAUCUUCGUUUGCCCUUGGACAUCGGUGCUCCUGGUUCCCAGACCUUCAGACCUGGACUGGGACUUAACAUCAUCAGCCCUCCGAUUCUCGGGCCUCUGGACCUCAACUGGAAAUUAUGCCAUCGACUCUCCUGGUUCUCAGGCUUUUGGACGUGGACAGAAUUAAACCACCAGCUUUCCUGUUUUUUUUUUAGCUCUCAGCAGAUUGUGGAACUUCUUGUCCUCCACCAUCACAGGAGCCAAUGGCCAAUGAGCUAUGCUAUUAGUUCUGUUUAACUGAAGAACCAUGACUAAUACAUCCUCAUACAGCUGAGUCUUGCUUGUUUUGCUAAACAGUCUGUCAAUUCUUAACUGUUACUUUUAAUCCACUCACCUUUAAAGUUACUAUGUAUAGUUGGAUUAAAAUACACCAUUUUGCUAGCUGUUUUCUAUUAGUUUCAUUUCUUCUAUUUCUUUUUUUCUCUUUUCUGCCUUCUCUAGUUUUAUUAUUUAAAAAAUAAAGUUGAUUUUAUCUCA